AUGUGUCUGCGGGGGUGGCCUCUCUGUGAGGUCAUUGCCCUGCUCAUACCCCCAUACGUGGUGCAGUUCUGGGAGGAGAAGGCCAAGUCAUACGGCCCUAUCUUAUCUGGGGCGCUCUUUGGUGCAGGCUGGUGGUUCUGGGUCGAUGCGGUGGCCUGCAACACGCGCACCAUCCCAUUCGACCAGUACAUCCCAGGCACUGUGGCCACCGUGGCGCUGGUGAUGAUCAACAUGGUUCGGCGGGACGAGCUGCAGGACUACGACCCCUUUGACGACGGCGGCUUCUGCCGCAGCCGCUUCUGGCUGUUCCUGUCUUACGUGGUGUCCUUUGCAUCGCUGGUCGGCGCGGUCUGGGUGCUGACUCAGCACUAUGCCAUGAACCCGGAGAUGAAGGGGGAGGUGUGGCCGGGGGUGGCCGGCAUAUUCCAGGUCAGCUGCAUCUUGGCCAGCGGCCUCGUCUUCUUCGUAUCGAGGACGCCUGCGGACGGCGGCUAUGGCGGCUACGGCGGCUACACCGGGUUGUAA